UAUUUUAUUUACAAAAUGUUAAAACACGUUWUAGCCAUAUUCUUCCUCUGCUUUGUUACACAAAAUCUGAUCGCCGAUAAUGGCACACAGGGUUCAAAUGAGGAUUUAAUAUUUCCAAACUUCACCAUUCAAGCUUUGGAUGAAUCCAAYAGCUAUCGUGCUUUUCCAGGUCUACUACGUGAUAAAACAUUUGUUGUUGUGGCCUAUAUUAGGGCAAAUUGGUUUAAAGCMCAUGAGAUUUGCGGUUAUCAAGGACUAUCAUUGGCCAGCAUAAAUACGAAAGCGGAGAAUGAUUUGUUGGAGGAAUAUUUGUCGAAUACGGGUCUCGCUUCCAACAAUGAAGAAUUUUGGCUAUCCGGUUCAAAGCUUGCUGACAACAAUCGUUGGGUUUGGUUAAGCAUAGGUCGCCCUAUUACCUAUAAUAGAUGGGCGCUUGGUAAACCGUUUGAAAUWCUACGUGACAGAAGUUGUUUGUCGCUUUUGGCGAAUGGUCAGUGGAGUAAUGAUCGUUGCGAUGCCGAAAAAUAUUUCAUUUGCGAGACUCGUUGUCCACUGACUAGUUAUGAUACACCGAUUUUUUUACAAAAGUAAUAUAGUGUUUGAAAUUAUUAAAAUUUAAUAUUUUUAUUGUUUAAACAUCGUCUGUAAUCUAUGAAGUAAGUAAUUA